GAUAAAGUAGAGUAAAUACAUAAACCAGUAAUAUUGUCUUUAUUAUUAUUAUCAAGUUUUAUGUGCUGCACAUAAGUCAUACAUGCUAUACUUUAAAGCAACUGGUGAUGCAGUAGAUUUGUUCCCACCAGCAUCACUACAAACAUAGGAUUAAUGCAUUGUGCUGUGAUGUUACAACAGUUACCAUGUCACUAGGUGGUAGGAUAGGAGUUUCCAACUCCAUUACAAUAUUAUAGGGUCACCAUUAUGUAUGUGGUCUGUCAUUGACUGAAACAUUGUUUAUGGCACAUGACAUAGUCUUAUUCCCACUCAUGCCAACUUUUCAUUGACAUGUCUGUUACUAUAGCCCUUCCCAACCCUAGUGCUCUUUGGGAUCCCUUCAAACUCUUUAUUGUGCUUCAGUAAAUGUUUUAAAUACAUAAUCUGGAACAUGCAGAGGUCAGGAGUAAGACCCAGGAGAAAACUAUAAAAAUAGCUAUUGAUGGAAAGAAGCCUACAUCCUCCAAGUCUUCUUUUACAAAUGCAGACGCUAAGGUCUGUGGAAGUGAGGUAACCUGUCUAAGAGAACCCAAUUUUCUUAUUUCCUGCCUACUGAUCUUAACUACAGGGGCAAAGGCAUAAUACUGCUGUUAUGAUUUCUGGGAGAAAAACUGGUAUUUGUUAAACUUCCACUUUGAAGAAACUCAGAAACAAAUGGCCCAGCCAGAAAUCCUCAUAUUUGGUGCUCAGACAGCUGUAGAAUUUAGAUUCCAGGGCUGUAAUAAGGUCAAGAGUCCGGGGAUACUUAAGUUGUGGCAGGCUGCCUAUAGUGUUGGCUGAGUGCCAGCACUGGUUCUGGAUUCCCCCAGUCUACAACCUGAUAAUGGGCUAGGGGCUGGAUCUGAGCAUCCCAGAGUUCUCCCCCAGGUUUCUUGCCAGUUUCUUCGCGUCUAAAGACAGGGUCAGCACCAUAGACAGCUCCACGGUCCCACCUCCCUUCUGUGUGCCAGAGGCCAGGAACCCAGGUUAGUGUGAUGUGGCGACCAGCUCUAGUCUCUGCUAUCUGUUCUAGACAGGGAGAAGGACUCGGGUCGUAGAGCAAUCUUCAUGGCCCAGACUUCAGGAGCCGGCUUCUCACUCUUCCAAUUCUAUCUAAUGCUGCUUCCAGUGCUAGCCCUAGGGACACAAAGUCAAAUGUCAAGAAAUGCACCGCUCUGGGGGCUCGAAACCUCUGGACUCAAAGUUGCUGUCAUUGCUUCUACAAUCAGUUCAUGUUCUUGGCUGACGUCAGUCGGAGCUGUCCUAGCGCUAUAUAAGGCUGGCGGCAGUCCCGGGACAGACCCUGUGCUCCCCAAGGAGCCCUCAGUCCAGCCCGAGGGACAGAGACUGGAGCUCCGUCUUGUAUCAGGCAGACACUCUCCGAUAACCUGGCCGGUGGCACCAUGAAGCAAGCGGGACGCGCGGCACUGCUGGUGGCGCUGCUGCUUCUGGCCCAGCUGCGUCCCGGGGGCAGCCAAUGGAGCCCGGCGGCUGCAGCUGGGACCGAGGUCCAAGACCCGAGUCUUCGAUGGAGCGCCGGGGCGCGGAACCAGGGUGGUGGGGCUCGCGCUCUUCUCUUGCUACUGGCAGAGCGCUUCCCGCGCCGCACUGGGCUCACCCGAUGGGGAUCCGGGACUGCAGGCGAGCGGCCGCGUCGCGACGACCCUCCACUGUCCAUCGACCUCACAUUCCACCUGCUGCGGACCCUGCUGGAGCUGGCCCGGACGCAGAGUCAACGUGAGCGUGCGGAGCAAAACCGCAUCAUAUUCGACUCUGUGGGCAAGUGAGCCGCCCAGUCCCGGACUGCGAAAACCUUGACCCCUUCCCCCACCCCGAGGCUGAAAGGUGCGCGACCGGAACUAACCCAGUCCCGCGAUGCAGAGUGGCCCAGAGACGCUCUGAGCACCUCUGCUUGUCUAUUUUUUAA